AUGGCCACCCCGUACCAGCCCAGCUGCGAGAGCGCCCGCGAACGUCUAGUGAUACGGCAGGUGACCCCGCAGUCGAAACACUUGCCCCGAGGGAAAACCUCAUACUUUCCACGCAGUGCCAUCGUCGAUGUCCUGAAGGAGUUUCCGGUUCAGGACAUUUUUACUUGCAAUUGUGCAAGAUGUCGGCACUAUGCCGGUCUUCAAGGUGGUUUAGACGAUCGCAGGCAGCGCUGUUCUGAUCGUGAACUUCUUGGAAAGUAUGCCACCAUCUAUGCGCUGCUCAUCUACCUUAGAUAUCCUAGCCUGAUUUCAAUCUUUCUCCGUCAAGAAGUUUCUCUCGACAAAGGCUACUUGUCUCGUAGAGAUCUGAGGGUUCUCGAUCAAUACCAUGUCCUCACAGACCGUCAGAAACAGAUAAUUCGGCAGGAGGUCUUGGAAACUCAACAUCGCUUUCGUGUACGGCACUUUAUCAAAAGGAAUGAAAUUACAGACGUCGACGAGCAAGAGAUACUGCCGAUUGUUGAAAGGAGUACUCCGAUAGGGAAAGGUGAUUUUGGGGAAGUCUACGCCUUUGAACUCCCUGACGAGUAUGUAGACGAUGAUUUGAAGAAACUUCAGAUCAAAUCCUUUGCGCGAAAGAUCUUCGAUCGGCGUUGGACCCAGGCCGACACCGCUAAGGAAUGGGUAAAUCAUCUUUACACCAAUAGCCUGAAACACCAAAACCUUAUGGAAGCUCUUGCCGCCUUUGAAUAUGGUGAUUAUUUCUUCAUCGUAUUUCAGCUCGCCCAGACCACACUCUGGAGGUUUCUAAAGGAUGAUGCAGGUGGCGUGACAUUCACUUCGCAAGAGCUAUGGGGCCAGGUUCAGGGUCUAGCGAGCGGACUCGCAUACUUGCAUGGACAGAAUGUCACAGGUAACAGAUGGGAGAAUGGAAAGAUGUAUCAUAUGGAUCUCAAGCCGUCGAACAUCCUGAUUGUCAAUGGCAUCAUGAAAAUCUCGGAUUUCGGACUUUCUCGAUACAAACCGGACCCAAAUCCAUCUGAAUCCAGACUCAUUGGAGACUCAAGACAAGACGGAGCAGGCGUCUAUGCGCCUCCGCCAGGUCGAGUGGAUGAAGGAUGGGAUGUCUACUCCUUAGGCGCUAUUCUGAGUGAAAUUGCAAGCUUUGACAUUGGCAAGACGGUGCGAGUCGAACAAUACAGAAGGGAAAGAGGAAGCGACACAUUGAACGGGCAGCGCUAUGGCUCAAUACACUUCUAUUACUCGGAGACGUUUAAUCUGAAGCAAUCCGUGGUUCAGGAACACUAUGAUCUUCUCCAAGAAGUAGAGAGUCGAGGCGCUCCGGAUGACAUAGAUCCGCCAUCUUGGCAAGAGCAGUUCUAUCAUCAAGGGCUUUUUGAGAAUAUCGAGAAAAUGCUGCAUCAGUCAACUGAUGAAAGGCCAAAAGCAUCCAAGGUUGCCGAUGAGCUGGAUAUGCGUAUCAGACAAGCUGCUAGGGUCGCCAGAGGGUCUCAACCGCGCAAAAUUGACAUAUGGAAUCACACAAUUCAAGGCACAGUCAUAUCAAAACCGGAGCCUCCAAGAGAGGCAUAUAGGAUGAUUGCUUACUUGGAAGAAACCCCUUGUGGACUUUGGCUCUAUCCAGAUGACAAGGUCGCAAUCGUUAAAGUUCGACGAUUUAUAUAUGACGAAAGGUUUCAAGAGUUGGUUAUAGAGGUCGACCGCAAACGGCCUCGUUCGACCAGAGUGAUUAAACCACUCUAUGUGAAUAGCGCCAAUAGCUGUCAGCUGAGUUUUACACAUUCAGAUACUGAGACUGCGGACCUUUAUAGAUUUCCAGACCUUUCUGGAGCUUUGCAUUUCCAAAGCAUCAUGACUGGCGAGCAUGUUUAUCGGAGCAUGAGCCUCGAGCUCACGAAAUUUGCCUUUCUCAGAAAAGAGAUGUUCGGUUUCCUUGGCAGGGGAGCAAAUAGAGAGAAGUAUUACGAGCACCAAGACGUCGCUGGUCCGGCCCACCUCCAAAUCUGGACAAAUUGCGACUUAGCAGAUGAAAACAAUGCUCCAAGUUCUCUAGAUGUCACAAUCGCCAUAAUAACGGAGACGCAACUUGAUCUGGUUAAGUUCACAAAUCCGAAAGGACUAAAAACGCCAAUCGAGCGCGCAAACACCAUCCAGCUCGUAAAUAGUAUAGAUAUGGCGUGUAUCAAAACCCCAAACGGUAUGCCUCUGACGCUUAAAGGCAUUGAAAAAUUCCGGAAUUAUGCCGAAAAUAAACACGAAGGAGUGAGAUUCUAUCUGAAAGAUGAAGCAGAUGUUGCGAUCUUCUGGGAAAACUUGACAAGCCUCCACAAGAGAUGGGUCGAGUUGUAUCCAGUAUUCUUUGCCCCACCGGCCGCUAUGGCCGCACCAGGAAUAACAUGAACCCAAAAUUGCUCUAUGCUAGAACGUUCCUGGUGUUGCUCUUGGUCUCGUCAUCUUGGUCCAAUGUAGUGGGCCUCCGAGAGUACCACCAAUACCACAUUGCCAUAGUGAUGGCGGAGACUGCGAAGGCUACUAUUACGUAGAUCCAGACAUUUGACGCAAUAGCUAGACUAUGUCCGUCUUUGGUGUCUUCAAAUCCGAAAAAGUUCGAACCGAAGAGCGUCUGUUGGUACUCAGAUUAGACCUAUCAGACUGAUGUAACAUGUAGAGAGUUAGGAUACUCACUGCAACGAAGGUCGCUGGUAAAAAUACUGAAGUGAUGAGGGCAAUCACUUUCAUUGACCUGGUGUCCUGGGUUGACUGCGAAGUCAAGAGUCUGACAAGUUUAUUCUCCUGUGCGCUUUGUUUGGAGAUCUCAUGCAUGGCGGAAUUCAUUUCGUAGGUUGUCUCGGCUG